AGAAAGAUGUCUGAAGAACAACAGAAGAAGCCAGAUGAUAUUAAGGAUUCAGCAGAAGAGGAAAAAGCUCCCUGUCCCUUUAAUCAACCCAUCAGAGGCAGCCACAACGUUGUGACCAAUAACAUUGCCUCCAACAUCCAGAACAUGGUUCCUUCGCCAGCGUACAUAAAAUAUAGAGGUACUUUACCAAUGAAUUCUGCUUAAUUAUUUAUACUAUAAUCAUUAACUACA